GCCCUUUAUGCAUAGCAAGUCGUCCCAUCAGCACCUGUUGUCGACAUAUAUUUACCAUCUUGUUAAAAAUGAAUAAAUGUCAAGCCACUCCUAGUCGUAUUUUGACUGAUGUUCCCUGUAGAGUCUGUCAAGACCAUUCCUCUGGGAAACAUUAUGGGAUAUACGCCUGUGAUGGAUGUGCCGGCUUUUUCAAAAGAUCUAUUAGAAGAAAUAGACAGUAUGUGUGCAAGUCCAGGAACCAGAAUAAAUGCCCAGUGGACAAGACACACCGAAAUCAAUGUAGAGCCUGCCGACUCAACAAGUGUGUGAAGGCUGGAAUGAACAGAGACGCUGUUCAACAUGAACGGGGUCCCAGGACGUCAACCUUACGAAGACAAGUCGCCAUGUACCUUCGGGAAUCCUCGGACUAUAACACGUUGCUAUCCGGAGCCGUUCUGCCUUCUCCGUAUUUUGCUACAUCCUUUUACAGUGUGAAUCCACCAGGGAUGUGUGAAUCGGUCAUGAUCUCUAGUUCUGCGUCUACUUCCUCAACUUCAGCACCAUCAUCUUCUGUCAUUGUACAUCCAACACCUCGAUAUCCAGCUGAACUGAGUGGUUUCACUUUUCCAAGCAACACUGCCGAUUCUGUUUGUGAAACAGCUGCCAGAAUUUUAUUCAUGACCAUCAAAUGGACAAAAAGCAUCCCGGCUUUUGUUGGAUUGCCUCAUCGUGACCAGUUGGUUCUCCUAGAAGAGAGUUGGAGAGAUUUGUUUAUACUCAGUCUUGCCCAAUUCCGUCUGCCCAUCCAACCUCAUCUUCUUAUCACAGCCUCUGGAUUGACAUCAGACAGUAAAAUGACGUCAGAGAGAAUGUCGACAUGCAUGUUAGAAAUCCGGUCUCUACAAGAGGUCAUAGAUAAAUUCAAAGCUAUGAACGUUGAUCCAACAGAGUACACCUGUCUCAAAGCAAUAGUCAUCUUCAAGACAGCAUUACGAAGCCCUGCAAAUGAAAUGAAAGCGCUAAGAGACAGCCAUGCUGUGGCUCUGUUACAGGAUCAGGCACAAGUUACACUAAGCAAGUACAUAGAAACCACCUACCCAUCACAACCGUUCCGCUUCGGUAAACUCCUCCUUCUGCUUCCACUGUUGCAGACGGUGUCAUCCAAAGUCAUCGAGGAUAUGUUCUUCAAAAAGACUAUUGGACAUGUGCCCAUAGAUAAACUGAUAGUGGAUAUGUUCAAAUCAGGGGACUUUUAAUAGCUUUUGGUAUCUGGGUCAUCUCAAAACAAAAACUUCGCUGAAACCUACCAAAGGCGUGUGUGAAUAGGUUUCAGGUUUGUUUUACAAAUGGAAGAAAAAUGUUAAAGAGAAUAAAAUUGAGUCAGGCUUUUAAAAAAACAUGACAUAGCUGAUGAUUACAAGAGCUUUAUGCAAUCAUUGAAUACCCUGCAUUUAUUUGUUUGGAUUUUACUUCAUACGCUCGUACCUUAAAACUUUUAGAGUAUUUGCUAUAAUCUUUGAUACAGAAUCCUGUUGAUGUGGGUACUAGUUAUUUGCAUUUUUGUAUUAUAUCUAUAUGGUUAAUGUAAGUCAGAAGAUGUAUGUGUACUGUGUAAUCGGGCUUUUUAAAGUAAUUUAAGCAUUUGUUAUUUGUUUAUUUUUUUUUAUUUAAAUAUGUAUAUAAUAUAUGAACAAUAUUAUAUUUUCUAUGUUUAAUGCAUUGUUUUGUUUUCCUUGUGCGUGUUGACUUCACAAUAAAAAGUUG